GAAAGUGAAAGUUCAGAAUCUGGCUGGCGCACGGACAGGCGACACCUCUCUGAUUCUCAGCUCCAGAAUCUGAAACUUUUCCAUCUAAAACUUCGUUCCCUGAGUCUCUCCCGCGUCCCCCCGCGUUGAGCCGCUCUCCCCGGUGCGAUGGUGGACACGGCGCUGUGUCUGGAGGCUCUCUCGGCUCUCUCCGGCUGCUCCGUGCAGCAGAGCGGAGGCGCGUCGCAGCUCGGCCCGCAGGACUUCGUGAACAUUGUGGCUCUGCGGCAGUUCUACAAACGGGAGGGCCUGGAGCAGCUGGAGUACCCGAGUCUGGGCUCCAUGUCGCUCCGGGACGACGCCGUGGACCGAGACAUGGACGAUCUGUACAGCGCCCCUCCCGCUCUGACGGCCCCCCCGCCCGCUCCUGAGUCCAGACCCGUGGCACGAGUCAACCCGGACGAUUUCUUCGACCGAAAGUUCGACUACGACUUCACCAACAUUAAGGAUGGAGAGCGGCGUUUCGUGCGGGGUGAUGAGCCGUACUUCCGCCCGUGCGGCUGGCGGCGCGUGGCUCUGAACGUCUCGGGGAAAUAUGACGACGGCUCUGACGUUUGGCUGGGCACCGGCUCCCAGGCCUGGCCCGUGUCCUACCAGGGCCUGCACAUGGACGGCUCCCUCAUCCUCACACUCAGGAAGGGGAGCAAGGAGGAAGGCGGGCUCCUGGACGAGGCAGCUCAAUCUCUGAUGGACACCACCGAUUUUGGCAGAGGGAUCUACUCCACUCCGGACGUGCUCCUCGCCGAAAAGCACUGCAAGACCUUCAAGUCCAGCAGCAAUGGAAAGACCUACAAAGUCCUGCUCCAGAACCGGAUCAGCCCGAGCAGGAGGAAGGUUUGCGAGAGGGACCGGGUCUGGGUGGUCUACGUGCCCCAGGACCACAGCCAAAUCCAGACCAGGGCUUUAGUCCAGGAGUCAGUGCGACCGUACGGCCUGCUGCUCAAGGAGGCCUGAGAACGACCCAGACUCAAGACUGGGCUGUUGUUAGGUCUGUCUCUGUAACGUUUUAGACCCACAAUAUAAAAACGACUUUAUACCAUGGACACAAAUCAUCAUCAAAUAAAUAUCAGAAUAAUUAGCCAUACAUAAUCAAGUCAAAUCAUAUCAUAUUACAACAAAAAUAUAAAAAAAAUCUCCAAAUUAUUGCAAAGAAAAUAUUCAUGCGAUAAAUACUGAGCUAAAAAUAUAUCGUUCCAGAUCAUAUAUUGAAAUCGAUUAGUAAUAAUAGUCAUGGUGAUGGGAUUAGAACUGCCUCGGUGGUUUAGUAAGUGAUUAAGUUCCAUUCGUUGACUGAUCGUUAUUCAGAUGAUUACUGUAUUUUUCGGACUAUGAGUCACACUUUUUUUCAUGGUUUGGGUGUUUCCUUCGACUUAUACUCAGUGUUGGGAAGGUUACUUUUAAAAUGUACUCCCCUACAGAUUACAGAUUACAUACCCAAAAAAAUGUAGUUUGUAACGUAAUCCAUUAAAUUACUUAAAGUGAGUAACGUAAUCUGAAUACUUUGGAUUACUUGAUUUGCUGUAGAGAAACAAAGACGAGGAUACUUAACAGUAUUAAAGAUAUUACUGAUAGAAGACGAGGAGACACGUCCGCGCAGCAUGAUUUAGUCCUGUUAAAUCCUGUUUUAGUCCUGGUUUAGAUCUAGCUUAGACCUGGUUUUAGUCCUGGUUUAGACCUGGUUUAGUUUCCAGCAAUGAGUGGAAUUACCGAAAAAAAUAAAAUAAAAUAAAAUAAAUAAAUAAAUAAUGUGAAAAUAGGAAAAUACCGCAGGGUAAUCCAUUUGUUUCAACAAAGUAACUGUAAUCCAAUUACCACUAACUGAAACAGUAACUGUAACUGAAUACAGUUACUCAUAAUUUGUACUCUGAUUGCGUAACUCUAGUACAUGUAAUCUGUUACUCCCAACACUCCAGUUCGAUUUAUAGAUACAAUUUUCAUACUGACAGACACGAGAGGCUCUAGGCUUCUGUGUCAGUUUUCUGCACAUGUCUCCUGCAGAAAAAGCCGCUGUCCUGCUGAAAGUAGUGAAAUAUGCAGCUGAAAACGGUAAUCGAGCAGCAGAAAGAAAGUUUGGAGUGAGUGAGAAACUUGUGAGGGACUGGGAGAAAGCGGGGAUGGAGAACACAACUUCAUGGGGACCGGGCGGGUGCAGCAAAUCUGGACUUCAGUGAAAACCGAAGUUGCGCGGAGUUGCUCAGAAGUGACACCGAGGAGGAAGAAUUCAGUAGAUUCAAUGGAUUUAGUGAUAUGGAGUGAGAUGUGGAGAGUUUGGUAAACUUAUGUUCUGUUGUUUAUGCUAUAAUUAUCUGAAUAAUUGUUAAUAUGUUAUGUUAACAGACCAGACGCCUGUUCAGUCUGUUGUUCUCUGUUCUAUUGUUAUCACUAGAACUUGACUUUCAAGAUGAAAUGUCAGUUCCUGGUCCCUGAAUUUAUAAAAUAAAUUUCCCCCAAAAAGUGCGACUUAUAGUUCGGUGCGACUUUUAUAUUUUUUCUUCAUUAUGCAUUUUUUGGCUGGUGCGACUUAUAGUCUGAAAAAUACGGUAUUUCUAAUUCAGGUAUUUUAAAUUGAUUAUCAGCUAAGUAAAAGUUUAAAUAUCUUGAGUGGAGGCUUCUAAAUAUAGAAUUUUUAUUAAUAAAGUGUAAAUUAUUGAUUAAACUAAAAAAAAAAAAAGUAUUAUUUUUGACAUUUUGAUUUAAAGAAGAGGUAUUUUACUUCUAUGGGCUUUUAUACAUAUUUAGAUCACCAUGUUACAUUUUAUUGUUUUAAAAAUGCUAUAUUCACCUCCUCAUGCUAAGUCACUCCCCUUUCAGAACUCUAUCACAACACAAACAGCGUGCAUCCCACUAAUGAAACUCCUGCACAUCACAUCAGGUUGGUAAAGCUGUACUGUAUUGUUUUCUUGCUUUUGUAUAUUUACGGAGAAUUAUCAUGUCAGAGAUGGAAUUUGCCCAAACACACAUGAAUCACUUCUAAACCCUUUAUUAUGGUUAGAUUCUUUAAGAUUCUGUACGACCGAGGUCACCCAUGCUCCCGUACGACAAUUCAAAACAAAAUACAAAACAAUUCACAACAAACCUGAUGAGAUGUGCAGUACUUUCAUUAGCGGGAUGCAGGCUGAUUGUGUUGUGAGAGCUCUGACGGGGGAGUGAGUUAGCACAGAGAGCAAAGGGAUGUCAAAAAGUAAAGUCAAACUUAUAAAACAUGUUAAUACGUCUUUUUAACUUGUUGGGUUGUUUUUUAAAGACAAUACAGUCAAGUGUAUUUAUCUUGUGGACAUGUUUCUGCUGCUGCUGCUGCAUCUUCAGAAAAGUGAACCCCACGUGUCACUCACCUGGACACCCUCCUCCACAGAGCACCGGGCGACAGGAGGCGUGGUCAGUCUGAGCGACCUGCCAGGUUCAUCAGACUGACCACACCUACAGGAAAAAACUAGAGCUGAUAUACAACACGUCACCACCAAGACCGGGGACAGUUGUGAAGAUGCAGCAGCAGAAACACGUCGACAAGAUAAAUACACUUGACUGUAUUGUCUUUAAAAAACAACCCAAGAUUUUAGAGAACAUAAGAAGACAAAAUGAAUGAGUGAAUUAGGGAUGGGCAUUCGAUGAAAUUUUCUUAAUCGAUCGUCGGAAGAAUUAACCAUUAAUCAUUAACGUUUUUAUAUUAAAAUGAUCAUCAUUAUUAUUACUAUCUGCACUACUAAUCUGCAUAAAUAAAUUCAACUUUACGACAUAUAAACCGUAACCACUCUAGAGCCACAUCAGCUGUUUGACAUUAGAAUGUGUUUAAUUCAGUUUUGCGCAACUUUCACAGAAACAAAACUUAAAACCGCAUCGCAAAUUUGCAUAAACUAAGCAAAGAUAAAAAAAUACAGCUCUUGUGCUGAUGCGGUUCAACUUCUAUCGGACUAAAAGACAUGAUUCAGGUGAAUACAGGUUAGUGUGACCAUAUUUGCGUUUGUCAAAACCAGGACACCGUACGGAGGAGGGAGGUGGGGACUUGUCAUCCUCAUUGAGCGACUCUCACCUGGACACCGAAACAUAUGUGCUGCUUUAUACACUCUGCACAUGGACUCACACUUGUCCCGACCUGCACGGAAAGUGUGGAAUUUCUUGUACAAAUCAUCGUUAAAUACACAUUUGCACUUUGGCACGUUGCAGACUGACCGACUGUUUGUGUCUCGCUCCUUCUGAUGCAGAGACACAUGUACAGACCCCUGUUUAGUCACGCUACGCACAGCAACCUACAUUCGGUUUGUCAAUUAAAAUGAACAUAAUCGAUGAAAUUCUUAAUGAUCAAUUAUCGAUUAAUCAACUAAUCAUGCCCAUCCCCAAUGUGAAUAUGCUGUUUUCAGAAAAGGCAGCAUUUUCACAAUAAUUAAAGGUAACAUGGUGAUUGGUGACAUGGUAUGUUACAGUUAAUGUCCCAGAGAAGUCACACACCCUCCUCUUUAAAACUCUUUAAAGUUCUGGAAGAUGAAUUACAUCGACAAUGACAUGGAUAUAGACAGGAUAUUAGCACGUCCUAUCAAAGUGUCAGAGGGGUUUGGACAAAAAUGAGUUUAAUGUAAGUCUCUGAUGAAACAGAGCCACUGCCAAAACAUGACACAAGCUUUCACUGUCCUUUCGAGUCCUGAGGCGUGGCCUGUGGUGCACGUGGAGCUGCUGUGGACUGUUUAAAAAGAGUUUAUCUUUGGUGUGGGUUAGAUUUAAUAAGAUGACACACUGCAGGUGAAAAAGAAGAAAUCUUACAUUUAGAGAUCUUAACUUGAAACAUCUGCUGGAGUUUACUCACAUAAAUGGAUUCUAAGUUUUUCAUCACAUGAUGUUUUUAUAUCAAAAAGAAUGCAUUUGAUUGUGCUCAUGUUAGAUGUUAAAAACCUACAGAGGGACUUUGGAUAUCUUACGUAGUAUUUGAGAUCUGAUUGUAUAUUUUAUGAUAAUUUUGUUCAGCACAAUGUAACGUUUGGUGUGUGUCGGUGCUGCUUUAAGAGCUGAUCCUUUUGUCCCUAUGAAGGAGAAACGUAUUUGAGAAACAGACUUUACGUUACAAUGUGCCAUAACUCUGCAGGCAGGUUGAUCAUGUUAAAUAUUAAAACAUCUUCAGGUCCAGAGUGAAGAUUCUGUCUCAUACGCUAAGAGAACAAAAAACUAAACAUGGGGAAACAGGAGUUUUGCCUGUAGUGUCUGCUGUUAAAAUACUUUUGUGUUUCGUUUUGACAUUUUUAUUUGUGAAGUUUUAUUUCAGAAGUGAAUUUAGUUUUUUGUUUGUUUGUUUCACUGGCACUGUGAUUCUCAGCUCUGGAUCUGUGAAGAGCUUCUGUAAAUACAAACAGAGUUUUGGCUCUAAACCCUGUGAACGACCUGAUCUUUUGUUUGAGGUCACAUUUGAUGAUUGAGUGAAUAAACUAAAGAUCUGUGA